AUGGAUAAGGAUCGAAAGUUAAUUAAAAACUUAGUAAAGGCAAUCGAACAAGUCGAGCCUCUCUACGCGGAUGGUGCGCGUAGUAAAGAAUCUGCGAACUCAUUAAAAUUGAAAACUCUAUUACCAGAAUGUAAGGUCUGUCUAAACGCAGAUAUUGCGUUUCGAAAGGCCGAAGAGAUUUAUGACGACGAUGGGACUGGAAGCAACGCAAGCGAGGGCAGUGAUGCUUGUGACUCCAGUAGUUCCACCGAAUCCGAUUUUUCUAGUAACGCUAGCACGACCAGCGGGUCUAGCUACACCAGUUACUCUGGUUCCUCCGGUUUACUCAGUGUGAGUGAUGAGGAUGACGAAGAAGAAUAUGAUGAUGAUGAUAAUGACGAUGAUGAUGAUGAUGAUAAUGAUGAUGGGAAAGAGAGUAGAAAAGCCAGUGAAGUAAGGGAAGGAGACGAAGAGGAUGACGAUGAAGAUGACAAUGACGAUGACGAAGAGAACAAUGAAGAUAAAGAAGUAAAACAAGGCCAUGGUAGAGAGCAGCGCCUAGCUGGGGCAGAUGAAGAGAAAGACAAAAGCGAAAGCGCUGAGGUAACCAAGACCGAGGGAAACAUCCACCAGACUCAAAGCACGAUUGAUAAUUUGACACUUACUAAUGAUUCAGAAAGGUCUUAA